AUGACACGUGAAGUCCUGGCUGGCCUUCGAAUGCUUGCCGAUACAGUCAAGGGCAUGACAAUGCGGCACGCACGCAUCCUUUACAUCUCGUGCGUGCGACCGAUCCUCACAUAUGGCUCGCUCCUGUGGUUCCACGGCAACCACCAAAAGUCCCUAUCCGACCCAAUCCAGAAGGCACAAAAUGUGGGGAUUCGGUGGCUAACAGGUGCCUUCAAAACAACCCCCACCGCCGCUCUCCACCACCUCGCGUCCAUCCCACCCAUCCAUGUCCACCUCCACAGACUCAACACCAACGCGGCCGCCAAACUCAGAGCUCUCCCCAAACUCGCCGAAAUCAGCCGUCGUCUCCCCCCAUCUUGGGACUCACACGACCCAUCCUUACCGCUCUCCCCUGUGCCCAAACGUCAUACGACAACAACGCCAUCCCCCAUCACCCGACUCGCAGCACUCUCCCAUCCAGAAGCCGAAUUCCAAACCCCCUACCUCAAACCCCCAUGGUGCCCCGAUAACCCGUUCCCCGGCAGACUGAUAUGUGCGUUCCCCCCCGGUGGCUCCUCGAAAACCCGCCGUGCAAAGACCGCCGAGAACGCCAAUCGCCUGAUCGACGCACUCGCGCACGAAGGCACUCUGAUUGGCUUCUCGGAUGGUUCGAAAGAAGUUCGGUCAGGGGUUCGCAAGGUCGGAGUCAGAUACAGCGUCCAAUGGAAAAAAUCAGAAAUUGCCAAGUUCAGCGGCGGUAUUGGGCCCCGCGCAGACAUCUUCGACGCCGAAAUGCUCGCCCUCGCACUAAUAGCACGAAGAUGCGUGCGGUUCGCCAAGUCCCACAACAUCCACAAAAUUCACGUCUUUUCGGACAACUUAGCGGCUGUGCGCAUCAUCAACCGAGCGGAGCCGCACCCCGCUCAGUACGCCUCAACCCUGUUCCGUAAGGAAGUCCACGCUUUCCUUGCGAACGACCCGAGACGAUCCUUCGUGGUCCAAUGGAUCCCCGGCCACUCCAAAAUUGAAGGAAACGAGCGCGCGGACAGGUUAGCUAGCGCGGGCCUCGACCUCUGCCCCACUUCGCUCUUCAAUCGCACUACAACGUGGGCUAAGUGCCGAGCCACCCAACGGGCCUCCAGGGCAUGGGGAAAAAUUUGGGCGGAUAGUACACACUCUGAAACCGUGCGAAAGCACAUUCCCCGACCCCCCUCUCUCAAACUCCACCCCAUUUUCAAUUCCCCCGGCCUCCCCCGAUCAGUCUCAUCCCGCCUCGUUCAUGUGAUGACGGGUCACGGUUGGUUUGGCGAAUACAAAGACCGAAUGCCAUUCAUCGAUGGCCCCUCCAAAUGCUUGUGCGGAGAACAAAUCCAAAGCGUCCCCCACCUCCUAUUCCUGUGCCCCCUCACGGAGGACAGCCGUAAAAUUCUUACCAACGCUGCACCAGACCUAAACCCCUCCACUCUCUUCGGCUCUACCAAAGGACUGGAGGCGGUGGCGAAAUUCAUACUUCACUCUGGAAUCGGACUUUAUAGUUAA